AUGCCCAGCCUGUCUUUUAACGGAGAUAUUGUUCUGCUAUCGGCGUUGUACUACCCGAGCGAUGAACUGCUCGAACGAACCAUCCCCGUCGUGACGACCUUCGAAGGAGGGAGGACCUGGGUCGACGUGGAGCGCAUCAUGACGCGCGACUUCCAGAUCUUCUCCCGGACUAUAGCAGUUCGUGACGACCAGAACAAGCUACAUCGUUUCAAGCUGUUUUGGCAGACCCAAACGCACGACAGGCAUCCUCGCGCUCUCCGCAUCAACGAGCCGGCGAAGGCAGUCGUCCCUGGACAUACGUUCCGGGGUGAUCUCCUCAUCAUGCGUAUCGGUGUACGUCGUCCAUACACACAUCUCACAGAUAGCGGGGAGAAGGCGUUUGCACGGGCGGCCCUUCGAAGUAUGACACCCACCAGAUUCCUGGAUACCGCGACGCGUAUCACGGAGAUGCGCCAGGCGAACAACAGUGACAUCCGCACGAUCAUGCCAGCAGACCUGGACGGGCAUUCCGACGACUUGCAGCCCGUCAUGCUACAUGCGACGGCGCUCAACGCUCACGGCGUCCACCAUCCCGCAGCUGCAGCACCUCCGUCGCAGCCCCGCCGUCGCAGUCCGUCCGAAGCCCGCCCGGAACGAAGGGACCCGCCAGCUGGCGGGUCGAAGCACGGCGGCCUAGCCCGCGAGGACGUCCGCCAGGUCGACAUAGGAGAUGCGCGACGACUCUCUGCGAAACGUUGGCAGGAUGUCGCUUUUAUGCGGAGUCCUGUCCAAGGCGUCGACCACCUCGUUUCACGCCCUCGGAUCUGGACGGGGCAGUCUCAGCUACGCGGCAACAGAAGCAAAGUCGGCGAGUCGCGCAGCCGGUGGAGCGGUACCGUAGGAGGAGCCAUGCCAGGGUGCGAAGAAGAGAAAACCCCUUACCACGUACUUGCCGCGCCGAAUGCGCUAGCGAAGGCGACGCUUCGCGCGAAGAUAUCCGAACUGCAGCCCACGCCUCGCCCGCCCAUCCGUCGCCCCCGUCUCGCCCCGGUCGUCCGUUUUGGUUUCGACCAUGCGUUGAUGACCGGGCGGUCGAACGGACCUAUACAUGUUAAGGUAGCGAUCGCAACUGUUACGACCUCGGUUACUACAGUCAGGUUGGCACACCUGGCAUUGUGGUGCGUGGGCAGAUCUGGGCGCCGCACAAUGGAAGACCUUUGUCAUAAGAGGGCGCAGAAGAACCAGGGGCUCCCCGACAUCUUGAGUCUUUACGUCGACUUCACGGCGACACGCUCUUGGACAUAUCGCACUGCCGACUGCCCUGAUCGCACUGCGGCAGGCAGCCCUACCAAGGCCUUGGGAGCCGGCAUCGCUCCUUGCGCCACUAAAGUGGACUGGAUCGCGAAGCCCGCAGCCAGCGCUGCCGCUAACGAUCCCGUUGACUCCCACCCCACUGUAUUUGAAGCUGGCGGCGGCGUAUCUCCCCUCAUCCUACCGGGCCCAGGACCGGAAUCGCAAGCAGACAUUGAUGCGUUCCUGCGGCCGCUUGGGCGGACGAUGAGAUGUUCUUCCGUCAGUAAGACGUGCGCGAGGUGGAUAAAGAAGCAGGAAGGUUCACGAUCCGUCCUGCGUGCUGUCGAUCGUUCAGAGUCACAGCGACUGAAAGGAGAACAAAUGUAUCAUGAUAGGAGGUCUAGGAUGUGA